UGAUGUAGUAUAGUAUAUAGUAUUAAUAUGCCUUGGAUCACUCAGUUGACAAUUUGAUAGAGAUUGAAAUAAGAAAUUAAGAAGGGAUGGGUACCCUUCUUCCAACCUCAACUUCUGAAGUACGUGAAAAUUUAGAGAAGGCAAAUAAUUCGCUACAAAUUGAUCAACAACAAAAAGAUGUUGAUGCAGGUGCUCUCUUUGUCCUUAAAUCAAAAGGUUCAUGGAAGCACUGUGGUUACCACUUGACAACAUCAAUUGUAGCUCCACCACUCCUAAGCCUUCCAUAUGCUUUCACAUUAUUAGGAUGGACGGCUGGGAUCUUUUGCUUAGUUAUUGGAGCUCUUGUCACUUUCUAUUCCUACAACUUAUUGUCUCUUGUUCUUGAACGACAAGCUAAGUUGGGUAAUCGUCAGCUACGAUUUAGAGACAUGGCUCGCGACAUUUUAGGUCCUAGAUGGGGUCGUUAUUUUGUGGGCCCAAUUCAAUUUGCAGUAUGCUAUGGGGCUGUAGUGGCUUGUAAUCUUUUGGGAGGUCAAUGCAUGAAGGCAAUUUAUCUCCUAUCAAAUCCAAAUGGGUCCAUGAAGCUUUACGAAUUUGUCAUCAUAUUUGGUUGCUUCAUGUUGAUUUUAGCUCAAAUCCCAUCUUUCCACUCAUUGAGACACAUUAAUCUUGUGUCUUUGGUUUUGUGCUUACUCUAUAGUGCUUGUGCUGUUGUUGGUUCCAUAUAUAUUGGAAACUCAUCAAAAGGACCAGAAAAGGAUUAUUCUCUUAAAGGUGAUACAGAGAAUAAAUUAUUUGGAAUCUUCAAUGCUCUUAGCAUCAUUGCCACCACUUAUGGAAAUGGAAUUAUUCCUGAAAUUCAGGCUACAUUAGCACCACCAGUAAAAGGGAAGAUGUUCAAGGGACUAAGUGUUUGUUAUGCUGUUGUUACUGUCACUUUCUUCAGCGUAGCUAUAUCUGGUUAUUGGGCAUUUGGCAACCAAUCUGAAGGCCUUAUCUUAAGCAACUUUGUGGACAAUGGAAACCCAUUAGUGCCCAAAUGGUUUAUUUAUAUGACCAACAUUUUCACUAUAGUACAGUUAUCGGCGGUUGGUGUGGUGUACUUGCAACCUACAAAUGAAGUGUUGGAACAAACAUUUGGGGACCCAAAAAGUCCUCAAUUCUCCAACCGCAAUGUAAUCCCAAGACUAAUUUCUAGAUCAUUGGCUAUAACUAUUUCCACAAUUAUAGCAGCCAUGCUUCCAUUUUUUGGAGACAUAAACUCACUUAUUGGAGCUUUUGGAUUCAUGCCACUUGACUUUGUUUUGCCAGUAAUUUUCUUCAAUUUGACAUUUAAGCCAUCUAAAAGAAGCCCCAUUUUCUGGCUUAAUGUAACUAUUGCUGUGGUUUUUUCAACAUUGGGAGCUAUUGCAGCAAUUGCAGCUGUAAGACAGAUUGCCCUUGAUGCCAAAAAUUAUCAACUAUUUGCUAAUGUAUAAUCACAUCCUAAUUAGUUUAGAUUAUUCUAUAUAUUUAUAUAUACAUUUCAUAUAUAUAUA